AUGUCUGGUAUUCAUUUUGCCAUCGUGUCUGAUUCAGACGAGUCAAUUCAGCGAAGUGAACACCUAAAGGUGUUUUAUGAGGCGUUGGCGAAUGGUGGUUUGACCUUGAACGAGCCGGAGCCUAUCGAGCACAGCUAUCGUACCGAUCGAAUGCUCACUUAUGACUCAUAUCCUGUCCAUCAUACAAUGGAGGAUAAAACUGAUGAAUAA